GUUAAAUUCUACUGCGUUGUGAAGGCUAUGAAAAAUUAUGAAAGAAUUAUAUGUGAAAUGUGAUUAGCUAGUGCCGGGAUUGGUGGUCAUAUUUUACAACAAAAUAUAAUUUGGGGUAUAGAUUUGUUUGAGUUAUUGAAGUUGUUUUGAGUGUCUUAUGUUGGAAAUUAACAUACCUUCAUAGGUCCAUUUAGGCCAGUUCUCAUCACACUCAUCCCAACCACCAUGUUUUCAUUUCACAAACCAAAAGUCUAUAGGUCCUCGACGGGCUGUUGCAUUUGCAAAGCGAAAUCAAGCAGUUCUAGAUUCACGGAUAGUAAAAAAUACGAAGAAGAUUUCCUCGAGUGCUUCAAACUGGUCACUCCCAGGCAAGGAGAGAUUUGCAACGCGUGCGUUUUGCUGGUCAAAAGAUGGAAGAAAUUGCCCGUUGGUUCGGACCGGCAUUGGCAACAUGUGGUAGACGCGCGCGCCGGUCCCGGAAUGAAAUCUUUCACCAAGUUCAAAACAAAGAACAAGAAGCUCAGUGGAGAGAAGAGCGUUGACAAGAUCAAGAAGAAGCAUUUUGAGAGGGAGUACAGUCCGGCCCUUUCGGACAAAAGCGAAGACAUGGACAUCAAUGACAUUGACUUCCUGUCAGAAGAAGCUCCAAGCAUGAGCUCGUCUCAUAAUGGUAGCCCUGGAGUAAGCGACAACGAAGACACUGUAGAGCAGAAAAACAGAAGCCGGAGGCGUAAGGGGAAAUCAAAGAAAUGGAACCAGGCGCGCCACAACGUAUGCGGGUUUAUUGAUUUGGACUAUUGGAAAAAGGAAGCUACAUGCUGUGGUACAAUCUUCCGCGGUCAAUCCAAUGAAAUCAUGUUGGAACUGGGCACAAUGAAACCGUGCCAGAGACGUAUCACCAUGUGCAAAGCCAAGGCUCAAAUCACUCAAACUCCAAUCGUAGUAGUAGCGAGCAAGGGUAGCUACAGCGAUAACAGUUCGGAUUCCGGGUACGACGAUUACUCGAAUCAAGGCGUCGCCAUGUCUCCGGAAGCUCAACUGAAUCAGGCGAAUCAAGUCAAUAUCGUUCCGGAUUUGAUGUGCCACGAAACCAUUUUCCAACAAGAAGAAGAAAUGGAUUUGAGCCCUACAAGCGUAGGAUGUUUCCAGCCCCAAGAGACUGUUGUCAGGAAUUAAUUUUUGAGAGACUCUCUAGAUUAUUAUUAUGUAUUUUAAUUUUAAUUUUGUCCUAUAAACAUCCAUAAUAAUUUUUUGGUUGAUAGGUUUAUGCUAUUCUUGCAAAUAUUUUGUUGAUACUGCAAUGGACUGUCAACCAGAACCAUUGUUAGUUUGAAUAAUAUAAUAUUUAUUAGUACUUAAUUUUGCUUUUUGUAAUCAAAUGUUUUCAUGUUCUUGGGGAAUUGUGUUUUAAAAUUUGUAUUAUAGAUAUGUAAUUGUGAGUUUUUUUUUUAUGUGUGUAUAAUAAUUUUGUUUAAGUUAUAAUUCCCCUGUUAUGUGUAUAAAAUAGUUUUGUUUUUUGUAUUGAAAUGACCGCAAAAUAGUUGGAUGUUAUUUAUUACUAAGCAAGGAUAGUAUAAAUAAAUGUGUUUCUCUUGCCGACAGUACAAAAUAACUUAAGAGAAUUCACGGUUUUCAAUAUAACAUUUAGGAGUUUCCAAUCUGUUGCUUUUCAAAUUCAAUCUAAUUCACAUAAUUGUCUCAAAAUACUCAGCUCUAGUCAUUAAAUGUUAUAUUGAAAAAUCCAGGUUUGUAUAAGUAAAAUUUCGUAUUUAAGCUCGGGUCCAAGUGUUCCUACAUACACUUUUUCAUGGCACCGCACGUUAAAAAUGCUUCUUUUCUUUGCGAUGGAAGUAGGCAUGUUCCUAUUUGCUUCGACAAGAAAACCCCCAUCAAAAAACGGCAACAUACACAUAUCUUCCACAACGGUGUCUUGUAUACACGACCUAAGUACUGCCAAAAAUCAUGUUUUUUUUUCAUCAUCUAUGUUGGUUGGUUGCAAAGAAGAAUAAUUAUUCAAGGCAGAAACUGCCUUGAAUAACUAUUCCAAAAACGGAUGUGCAUUAUUAAUUUUAUUAAUUUUUUUCAUUGAAUAUAAUUCAUUUACUCGGCUCACUCAAAUUAUAGAGUUUUUGAAUUCAAUAUUUGAGUAAAUGAAAUAUAGUCUUGUGCAUUUUUUUUUGAGGUGCAAUAUUUGCUUUUGAGCUCAUUUGCAUAAUAGCCUCUUCCCUGAGUGAUUGAAUACUUAUUUUUUUUGAAAAAUAAGUUGAUAGACUGCAAGACUUGACUAGUCGUUAAAGUGUGUACCAAUAUUAAUUAAUUUUAAUAAUCUGGAAUCUCGAAAUUACUGUUUCUGUUUGUUUUUAUUAAAGAAAAUUAUGUUUCUUUAGUAUGAAUGAAGAUAUAUCUUACUACUGUGGGUCUUGAUAGGUAUUUAAAUAAAUGAGAUAUAGUCAUUGUGUGACUACAUAAAGAGCUGUUGUAGAUAAAUUUCCAUCAAGACACACAGUACGCUUUUUUUUUAAAUUAUCGAUUUUUACUUUUAGUUUUGACUGACAAAACUUGCAAUUUUCUUACAGUUCACUUAUGAUCUCAAAUCAUAAACCAUGGACUUUAAUAAGGGGCUGUCAAAAUGUCCAUUUAAAGUACCUACCUUAAAAACCAUCAGUUUAUUCUUAUGAUAAUUAUUAUGUAAAACGCGCAAACAUUCUAUAAGACUUUCGCAAAUUUAGUAUUGAAAAUUAUCAAAUUUUAACUUAUUUUAAACAAAAUAAAUAAAUCAGAUAUUAUUUAUGUAUUUUCUAAUUAGAUUGUAGGGAUAUAGGUAUAUUUAUAGUAUAUUAUAUUAUUAUUUAUUUUAGUUACAUUGUUUGUAGAUUUUUUCUUUCUUUUGGCUAGCAUUAAUAAUUAUUGUAUGAUUUUAUAAAGAAGUCAUUGCAUGUCAAAGUGAAUCAAAUUAUUGACUCAAAAUUAUUAAAAUAAUGACUUCUAUAUAAAAUAUUUAAAAAAUUCUAGCAUUAUAGUAUUACAAAAGUAAAAAGAAGCUCCAAAUAUGAAACUUCUUUGAAUUUUUGGCUUAAAAAAAGAUAUAUUAUUUAUUAAGUUGAGAUUUGAAAUCUAUUAGGCCAAAUUUGCUGUUUUUUUUUUUAAAAAAAAGAAACAUCUAAAAGCGUUUUCUAGCAAAAUAUUACCAUUUUUACCUAAACAUAAGGAGUAUCUUCUUAUGGCUAGCCAAAUAAUAAAUAAAAAAUAGGAGAUAGGAACAAAAAACAACAAAAGGGAUAUUCUAAAUUUUCACGUUUUUUAAUAAAAAAUGAAAAAUAAAAACGCAAAAAAAUUAUUAGCCAAGAAACAAAUGGGGGCAAUAAUUUUUUGAGAAAAUGUUAUAUUUUUAAUAGGGUAUCGAUACUGAAAUCGUCAAAAGCUGAUGCCUUGUUAAUUGAUUAAAUGAAGAUGUAGUAAAUUAUCAAUUAUUAUUAUUGGUUGAUUUAUUGCUCAGUGAAUGUAUGUAUUCGCAUUUAUUUACUCUUGGCAUCUAAAAACAAUAAUCAUCAAUGAACACUAUGCUAUACUAUCUGGAAUAUAGUUUUUACUCCAAACAUCACCAUUUCCUAUAGUAAAGAGUUUAUUGGUGGAUGAAUCUGCAUUUUUGUUGUUUCAUCUUUUCAAACUUUCCAUUCCUCAAGGGUAAUUUUGAUUAUACUAUUAGUUGUCUCAUUGACAAAUCAUACCAAGUUUUUAGUGUAAUUUGUCGAUGAUUAUAUGGACUUCAAAAGUCCGUAAAGAAAAGAUAAAAAUGUUUCCAUUGAAAAUGCAUUAGUUGUGUUAUUUAGUUAGUGUUGUAGUUUUUUGUCUGGUUAUUUUGCAGCUGCUGAUCAAUUGAAUGUAAUUCCAUAUGAAGUUUUGUAAUUGAUUGAUUCCCUUUUUUGUUCAUUUUGUUUUCAGUAAUUUAUAUAUCAAUUUAAUAAAACGAAUUUUAAGAAAAAAUA